GGAUGGGGCUCCGAGGCCUGCGCGUGGGCCCGGACUGUCGCUUCUGUGGCUAUUGUCCGAUAGUUUGGGACGGGGUGAGUUGGCCCGGCUCGUGAAGCUUGCGGACGCGCCCUGGCGGCCCCGCCACACCCCCGGAGUCCAACUCCAAGCGGCGAAGGCGCUUUGAGGGAAUUGCGUCCUCGGAGGGAGGCUUUUGUCACGCCUGAGGCAGGCCUGAGAUGUCUCACCUUAGUGCUCACCUGGACCUCGCUCCUUUUACGGAAGGUGAUUCUGGGCUGGCCUGUGACUUGCUCUGACCAAUGGAAUGUGCUGGAAGUGGUGCUAUGCCCUUGGGAGGCUGUGCUGUGCCAUAAAGGAGCUCAGGCUAGAUUACUGGCUGAUGAGAGGCCACACAGAGAGGGAGAGGCCAGGAGGAGGAACCUGAGGUGCCAGAGGUGAAUGAAGCCUUCCCACCCAGCCCACCUACCGUUGGAAUGCAGUCUCCAGAACAAACUACAAUCUCAGAGGAGGAGAGACCACGGUGAAGGAGGGACUAACGGCAGCUGCGUCGGAACCUGGAAGGUUCCAUAGGUCAGAAGCCUGAGAUGAGUCUCACUGGACUUAAAUCAAGGAUUGAUGUCAGCAGAGCUGCAUUCCUUGCUGGAGGCUCUGGGGAGAAAUCAUUCUCUUUCCCAGCUUCUAGAAGCUGUCUACACUCCUUGGUCAUGGUCCCCUUUCAUCUUCAAAGCCAGCAAGUCUUUCUCACAUCUCAUUACCGUGACAUUGACUCUCCUGCCUCCCUCUUUCACAUGUGAGGAAAAUGAGGCACAGAGAGGUCCUGCGGCUUGCUCAACAUCACAGAGCCGGGCCUUCCCUCCUUUUGAAGAAUGGCUCCUUCUUGGCAGAGGCUGGGUUUUUAUGCCUCUCUUCUGAAAAGGCAGCUAUAUAAUGGUCCAGAUGUCAUCAAAUGGGGAAGGAGAGUGAUUCCAGGAUGUUCCAGAGGUAUUUACAGUGCCACGGGGAAGUGGACCAAAGAGUAUACGCUGCAGACAAGAAAGGAUGUGGAGAAAUGGUGGCAUCAACGAAUAAAAGAACAGGCCUCCAAAAUUUCAGAAGCUGAUAAAUCAAAGCCCAAGUUUUACGUGCUUUCCAUGUUCCCUUAUCCUUCCGGCACACUGCACAUGGGCCACGUGCGUGUGUACACCAUCAGCGACACCAUUGCACGCUUCCAGAAGAUGAGAGGGAUGCAGGUUAUCAAUCCCAUGGGAUGGGAUGCAUUUGGAUUGCCUGCCGAAAAUGCUGCGAUCGAGAGGAAUCUACAUCCAGAAAGUUGGACACAGAGUAAUAUUAGACACAUGAGGAAACAACUUGAUCGACUGGGCCUGUGUUUCAGCUGGGAUAGGGAAAUAACCACGUGUUUACCAGAUUACUACAAAUGGACUCAGUAUCUCUUUAUUAAACUCUAUGAAGCUGGACUGGCCUAUCAAAAAGAGGCCUUGGUUAACUGGGACCCAGUGGAUCAAACAGUGCUUGCCAAUGAGCAGGUGGAUGAACAUGGCUGUUCGUGGCGUUCUGGAGCAAAGGUGGAACAGAAGUACCUCAGACAGUGGUUUAUUAAGACAACUGCUUAUGCAAAGCCCAUGCAGGACGCGCUGGCAGACCUUCCGGAAUGGUACGGAAUAAAAGGCAUGCAGGCCCACUGGAUCGGGGACUGUGUGGGCUGCCAUUUGGACUUCACAUUAAAGGUUGAUGGGCAAGUCACAGGAGAAAAGCUGAGCGCCUACACGGCCACCCCCGAGGCCGUUUACGGCACCUCCCACGUGGCCAUCUCUCCCAGCCACAGACUCUUACAUGGGCACAGCUCUCUGAAGGAUGCCUUUCGGAAGGCUCUCAUCCCUGGCAAAGAUUGCCUCACUCCCGUGACGGCUGUGAACAUGCUCACCCAGCAGGAAGUCCCUGUUGUCGUCUUGGCCAAAGCUGACUUUGAGGGCUCUCUGGAUGCAAAAAUAGGAAUUCCCAGCACCAGCUUAGAGGACACUGUCUUAGCCCAAACCCUGGGCCUGUCGUACUCUGAAGUCAUUGAAACCAUGCCAGAUGGCACGGAGAAACUGAGCAGCUCUGCGGAGUUCACAGGUAUGAACCGGCCGGAUGCAUUUCUAGCCCUGACUCAGAAAGCCCGGAGGAAGAGAGUGGGCGGAGAGGUGACAAGUGAUAAACUGAAGGACUGGCUGAUCUCUAGGCAGCGGUACUGGGGCACGCCCAUCCCCAUGGUCCACUGCCCCACCUGUGGUCCUGUGCCCGUGCCUCUGGAGGACUUGCCUGUGACCUUGCCCAACAUCACCUCUUUCACUGGCAAGGGAGGCUCCCCACUGGCCUUGGCUUCGGAGUGGGUGAACUGCUCCUGCCCUAGGUGCAAGGGAGCAGCCACGAGAGAGACAGACACGAUGGAUACCUUUGUUGAUUCUGCUUGGUACUACUUCAGAUAUACUGACCCUCAGAAUACUCAGAGCCCUUUCAGCACAGCGUUGGCAGAUUACUGGAUGCCUGUGGAUUUGUACAUUGGAGGGAAAGAACAUGCUGUCAUGCACUUGUUCUAUGCAAGAUUCUUUAGUCACUUUUGCCAUGAUCAAAAGAUGGUCAAACACAGAGAGCCUUUUCAUAAACUGCUGGUCCAAGGCCUUGUCAAGGGGCAGACAUUCCGCCUACCAUCUGGACAGUAUCUACAGCGAGAGGAAGUAGAUCUCACAGGUUCUGUUCCUGUUCAUGCAAACACGAGGGAGAAGUUAGAGGUGACUUGGGAGAAGAUGAGCAAAUCCAAGCACAAUGGCGUGGACCCCGAGGCCGUCGUGGAGCAGUACGGCAUUGACACCAUCCGGCUCUACAUCCUUUUCGCCGCCCCUCCUGAGAAGGAUAUCUUGUGGGAUGUAAAGACCGACGCUCUCCCUGGGGUGCUGAGAUGGCAGCAGCGUCUCUGGUCCUUGGCAACUCGAUUUAUCGAGGUCAGGGUUUCUGGGAAGGUUCCCAGUCCUCAGCUGUUGAGUAACGAGGAGAAAGCCGAGGGCAGGAAGCUGUGGGAGUACAAGAACUCCAUCAUCUCUCAGGUGACUGCACAUUUCACAGAGGACUUCUCACUGAAUUCUGCGAUUUCUCAACUGAUGGGACUCAGCAGUGCCCUCUUGCAAGCUUCUCAGAGAGUUGUUCUCCACAGCCCUGAGUUUGAGGAUGCUCUCUGCGCCCUGAUGGUGAUGGCUGCUCCCAUGGCCCCUCACAUAACCUCGGAGCUCUGGGCAGGCCUGGCGCUGGUGCCAAGGAAGCUGUGUACUCACUAUGCCUGGGACACCAGUGUGCUGCUUCAAGCCUGGCCAGCUGUGGACCCGCAGUUCCUCCAGCCGCCCGAUGUCGUACAGAUGGCGGUUCUGAUCAACAACAAAGCCUGCGGCAAAAUCCCUGUGCCCCAACAAGUUGCCCAGGACCAGGACAAAGUCCACGAACUGGUUCUCCAAAGUGAACUGGGUGUCAGGCUCUUACAGGGGCGAAGCAUCAAGAAGGCCUUCCUCUCCCCGCGAACCGCCCUCAUCAACUUCCUGGUGCAGGAGUGACUGCAGGGAUGCUGCGGCUACCACGAGGGCUUGAGACACCUCCUCCAGGUCUGGGAUGAAGGAAGGAGUCUGGGGCCCAGGGGCAGGAAAAAGCCAAAUGUCUUUUUAUAUAUAUAUACAUAAAUUUUAUUUAUUUAUUUA